UCAAUUCCCGUCGCUUGGUUUGUCAUUUGCCCGAAUUGCAAUCAUUCUGUCCAUCGACUGUCGCGAUCACAUCACAAAGCUCACCACUCGCUUUCUUUUUCACGGAGCAUAACAACUCACACUUGACCGAUUUCAUUUGCUGUCCUUUUUAGCUUCACCACGCUCGCCUUCCGGUUAUGUCGCAUAACUGGCAACCAAACAAACCAAGUCCAGUCGGCAUAUGGCAUAAGACAACUCUACAAGAAGCGAGGGAGCAACAAGAACAGCAAAGGCAACAACAUCAACCCUUCCAACAACGGCCGACUCUCACCACGACAAAUGUUGUCGUUGGGCAAAAGCGUACCAUAAAUGAGGUCCGGCCUCAGUAUCAAAAUGGACCUCCAUUAGCCAAACGGCCUACACCAGGGCCAUCCAACACACCUACCCCAGGCUUCACACCAUCAGCCUUCGUAAAAGCACCCUCCGGCCCUCCUCCUCUCACAACAAGCACCAUCGAGUACGCAGAUCCAGUUACCGCCGCCGCCAAGGGUAGCAUCCCAUCCGAGUACUCCCAGCGUCGAGCCCUACCCUCCACACCCACCUCCACCAGUGACCCCUUCCUCUCCCUCUCGCAUCCCGCCUACAAGCUGCCCAAGCAGCUCGUAGCCAAUUUCGUCUCCCUAGGAAUCAAAUCCAUCUACCCGUGGCAGAAACAAUGCCUGCUCGGCCCCGGUCUGCUCUCGGGCGACAAGAACCUGGUGUACAGCGCCCCGACGGGCGGCGGCAAGUCGCUGGUCGCCGACCUGCUCAUGCUCAAAAGGGUGCUGGACGACCCGGCCGGCGAGGCCAAGGCCAUAUUGGUGCUGCCGUAUGUGGCGCUGGUGCAGGAGAAGGUUCGUUGGUUGAGGAGUGUCGUUAGUGGGAUCUCGAGGAGUGGUGAUUUGGGGCAGAAGCAGCCUGAUCAGAAGCUGUGGGCGAAGAGGGCGGGUAAGGAUACCAUCAGGGUGGUGGGAUUCUUUGGUGGGAGCAAGGUUAGGGCUACGUGGGCGGAUUUUGAUGUGGCAGUUUGCACAAUAGAGAAGGUGGGUGAACAUGGAUGGGCAAACUCGCUCGUUAAUGCGGCUAUAACCGAUUGCUCAAUAUCCAAACUCAGAGCCGUGGUUCUGGAUGAGUGCCACAUGAUUGAUGAUGGCUUCAGGGGAUAUUUGCUGGAGUUGAUGACAACGAAACUACUGUGCCUGGAGCAGCAGGUGCAGAUUAUCGCCAUGAGCGCCACUUUGACAAACAUCCGUCUCCUUAAGGACUGGCUAGGAGGCCAUUCAUACGAGACACAUUACCGGCCAAUCCCCAUCGAGGAACACCUCGUCUACGACGGCAAGAUAUACCCAGCAGCCACAACCGCUAGUCUGCUCAAAACAGCUACUCAACUAGACACCAGGAAUGCCACCACCACCACCACCACCACCACCACCACCACCAAGGGGCUACCUCCCUCCACCACCUCCUCCCUCCAACACAUCCGUUUCAUCCACCCCUCCACCCACCGAGAAUUCAAAGACCCCGUCAUGAACGCCGUCGUCGCCCUCGCCAACGAGACCGCCCGCGCCGGCUACGGCGUCCUCGUCUUCUCCAGCAGUCGCGCCGGCUGCGAAUCUGACGCCGUCCUGAUCAGCCGCGUGCUGCCCUCCUUCCAAGAAGCCGACCCGGUGAUCCGUGAGCGCCGUCUCGAUCUGCUCAACGACCUCCGCAGCUCCUCCACGGGUCUCGACCCCAAGCUCGAGCAGACCAUCCCCUGCGGCGUGGCCUUCCACCACGCCGGCCUGACCACCGAGGAGCGCGAGCUGAUCGCGAACGCCUACGACGCCGGCACCCUCAAGGCCUGCGUGGCCACCGCCUCGCUGGCCGCGGGCAUCAACCUGCCCGCGCGGAGGGUGAUCCUGCACGGCGCGCGCAUGGGCAUCGACCUCGUUGGGCCGGCCAUGUUGCGGCAGAUGCGCGGCCGGGCCGGGAGGAAGGGGAAAGACGAGGUGGGCGAGACGUAUCUCUGCUGUCGAAGAAACGAUCUGGAGGCUGUGGUGGACCUGAUGCACGCGGACCUGCCGCAGAUCGCGAGCUGUCUGGUCUCGGACGAGCGCCGCAUAAGGAGGGCGCUGUUGGAGGUGAUUGCGAUCAAGCUGGCGACGAGCAGGGAGGCGCUGGACGAGUACGUGGGGAGGACGAUGCUGGCUUGCGAGCAGCGGUUGACGGAGGAGUGGGAGGAGAAGAUGAGGGGGUAUGUGGAGGCUGGGUUGGAGAAGUUGAAGGAGAUGGUGUUUAUUACGGUGACGGUGGAUGAGAGGUAUGAGACGGCGAGUUAUAGCGCUACAAAGUUGGGAGGGGCGAUCGUGGCUAGCUCGCUGGAUCCGGAUGAUGGGGUGUUUAUUCAUAAGGAGCUGGAGAGGGCGCUGAAGGGGUUUGUGAUGGAUGGAGAUAUGCACGUGUUGUAUAACUUCACGCCGGUGUCGGAUCUGGGGAAUGGGACGCCGAUCAACUGGAGGGUGUUUUGGAAUGAGAUGGAGAAGCUGGAUGAGAGUGGGUUGAGAGUGAUGAGCUUUUUGGGGCUAAAGCCUGUGGUUUUAAACAGGAUGCUACAAGGCGGUAUCCUCAAGGAAACCACGGACGAAGAAAAGGACACGGCCCGUCGCUACCAUCGCUUCUACCUUGCCCUCCAGCUCCGCGAUCUCUGCAACGAAGUCCCCAUCCACCGCGUCGCCCAGAAAUACGAUGUGCCCCGAGGUGCCGUCCAGACGCUCGCCCAAACCUGCCAGGGGUUUGCCGCCGGCAUGAUCAAGUUUUGCGAGGCGAUGGGAUGGGGAGCCAUGGCGGCGGCAUUAGACCACUUCGCUGACCGACUCAAGGCCGGUGCCAGGGCGGAUCUGCUUGGGCUGUCCAAGAUUACGUUCGUCAAGAGCCGGACAGCGCGAGUGUUUUGGGACAACGGCUUCAAGACGGUGGCCGUUGUCGCGAAUGCGGAUCCCAAGGAACUCGUACCCGUGCUGAUGCAAGCGCAACCGAACAAGGUCCGGCUGGAGGCCAAGGACGAGCAGAAAUACCUGGAUAAACUGCUUGCUAAGGCGAAGAUUAUCACGGACUCUGCGAACAGGAUAUGGCAAAUCGAGAUGCAACAGGAGUUGAUGGAAGAGGAAUAGGGGCCCUAGAUUCCUCAACUCAUGAGGCCCAAAACGAACGAUAGACCCGCGAGUGGGCUGAACGUAUGCCUCAGUUAAGGGGCCGGAUAAGGCAUUCGGCCUUGUUUUGUGAUCACCUCUGGCCAUAUUCACC